AGUACACAGAAGAGGUACCCAUGUUUUAUAGCAUCACCUUCGUACUAUUAAAAAAAUGGUUGUGUGUUCUUCAAAAAAGCGUGAGUAACAGAAAGUUUGCUUGAAUUACAUAAAUAUUUGAUAAGUUGCGUGUGGCCGUUUUUUGCAAGGAUCCAAUUGCUAAUCAGUUGGUGAUAAGUAUAUUUCUGCUUAUAUCGACCAUUUUUUCACCUCGGGAAAUUACGCCCAAAAGUAGUCAUGAACGCGUAUUUUACAGCUUUGCCUUUGUUGUUUGGAUUUGUCCUUUUAUUUGGUACUUGGAUAUGUAUACCCGUAGAAGCCAAAAAUCGCGGUAAGUAAAAAAACAACAACAACCAAAAAAACCCAAAAAAAAACGCAUUUUUUCAGAUCCACAAAAGAUGCUCCACCGAAGAACGCACCUAUUUUAAGAAUAUCAUAAAACACUCUAUCAGAUACUAAUAAAAUUGCGCCCGUGCUUGAUUAGCUCAAGUUGUAGAGCGCCGGACUGCCGUGCGUGAGUUCGAGUGUACAUCUUCAAGCCCUAGAACGGACAAACACUCAGAGUACUAAAAUAACUGGGGAGAAUGUGUUGCCUCUGCCAUAACAUUCGCAAAUGGUUAGACAUUCUAUUCUGUACUUUCUCCACCAUUCUCUCUGCACUGGUUAGUAGACGACGUUAAAGAACCCACGCACUUCUCGCAGAGAGUGGGGAACAUAACUAACUAUGUUGUGGUCUGGCCUUGUCAGUGUUUUAAACCAGCUAUGAGUAGAACUGGGCCACUCCGUCGAAAUGUUGCAACUACAUACAAUAUGUAUACACUCAAUACAUUUUCUUGGUCAACUGAUAUCAGUGGAUUUCAGAGAGAAUUCUAUAAAGGAAUACAUUAUUCAGUGAAUAUUGACUCCUCCAUGAUGUUUACAUCUGUUGAGUCAAUUUGGUCCAAAGAAGGCAACCUUUGUAAAAACCUUUUACGCAUCUAUGUGCACUUAAGAAAUCUGGUCAAACAGAGUUUAUUUGAAAAAAAAGAGGGGGGGUAAUUUUCGAAAGGAACUGUGGUGCUGAGUUAGUGGGAGGUUUUACAUGAUAAUUUGGUUUAUAAUGAUAACAGUGAAUUUGUCUAUCACUUUUAGGAUAAAAUAUUCGACAGCACUUUACCGUUUAAAACAAAGUGAAAGUUAGGAUAUCAAACUUCAAAAUAUAAAAUAGGACCUACAGAAUAUGAUGGGACCGAAUGUCAUAGAUUUUUUUUUUGAAUAAGCAUGUCUUAAACUGUUUCUGAAAAGUAACCAAGUUCGGAGCCGUUCUAAUCAACAUUGGAAGCCAAGCGAAUAUCCACUGAUCGAUAUUCUCUUGUGAAAGCUUUUUCCUCUGAGGUGGACCAGCAGAGGCAAAAGCUUGAUCAGCAAAAGUCUUGCAACUCGUACGAGGCACCUCUCAAAAAGCAAGAUUGUUGGAUCGCAGAGAGAUAGGUUUCUUUUUUCCUGAUGCGAUAAGGGAUAUCACUCACUUUGUCACGGCGAAAGAUGAGGGGCUAACGCUCGUAACGUUAGCUUUAAAGCUCUUUACGGAGGUCAAUUUACAUAUAAGCUAAGUUGAUAACACAAAAUUAACGUUUACUUGAACUUACAACAGCUCAUUGCGUAUCUCUCUUCGGUGAAAGAUCUCUCUGAGCCUCAAGUUAGAAUAAAUAAUACAGUCUUUAUUUAUGUUAGCCUCUUUUUUUAAUAAUUAUCUUCUCGCUGAGAUUAACUUAUAAUAAAUUUUACCAAAAAAAUUCUGUAAUCUGGUGGUCAGUUAAAAGUAUUUUGUUUUUCUCAUUUUUUUAAAUUUAUAAUUGUAAGUGUUGAUUCCUUUACUAUUUCAUUACCUAACUACUACAUCAUUUAAAGAGUUACUUUUUUACUUUUUUUGUUGUUGUUUUUUUACUUUUUCUGCUUUUUUUCCCCAUGUACCCCUAUCAGCAGGACUCGGGUGUCGAAGUCUACGGUUUGGACAACCAGACAACGGAUUCGCUCUCCAAGGUCACUUACUUCGUAAUAUAACGCUCAAAAUGGGAAAUGAACUCAGUGGUGACUGUAGAUACGAGUGCCUGAUGGAAAGUAAUUGUGUGUCUGUGAAUGUCGGGCCACCCGACAAGAAUGGACUCAGGGUCUGUCAAUUGAGUGAUUCUGACCAUAUUCAACAUCCCGAAGAUCUUACGGCACAGGAAGGAUUUCUUUACUGGGCUACCCAGGUGAAAUAAUAGUUACCAUGCAAAUAGAUGAAAAGAGAUCGAAGACAAAAAAAAAAGAGAGAAUCGAACGCAUAUGGUCGGCUAUUUUAACAAAGUUUAGAAGUCGUUGUUUUAGCGAAACCGCGUUUUAAGCCAUCUUCAAUUUAGUCGAAUCUUUUAUCUGAACAUUUAUUUUUGUGAAAAACGCCAAGAGGGCCGAAAGCUGAUAGUGGAAGAACAUUUAUUUAUUUCAUUCAAUCAACCCUCUGAUAGAGAAUCCUUGAGGUCCACUGCUUGCGUAAAACCGCGGUUUGGUUUAGACCUGGUGUAAAUAAGUGGCCCUUAGUGUUCAAAUUGGAGACUGAGAAUGCUCCUUUUGGUUUUCUCACUAGAAUCCGUGUUCCAGCAACCCCUGUGCCAACGGUGCAACAUGUCUCAAUGGAUUCACAGACAAGAGAUACAUUUGCCUGUGUCCACCUAAAGCCAUAGGUGAAAACUGCGAGAAUUGUAAGCAACAUUGUAACAAUUAUCGGUAGUUACCGUUUGGAAGCGUAAUCACUUUAACAUGAAAUCCUUCAAGCUAGUGAUUGUGUCAUCUAGUUGUCUAAGUGACAGAUGAAUGACAUGUCGACAACCUUAACGGAGCAUCGAAUGUUUUCUAAACGGACUACGAAUUAACAAGCACAUCAAGUACGGCAUCAAUGAUGUAAUGGUUUUUAUUAUUAUUAUGAUUUAAUUUUCAGCAUUCUCUGCGAUCUUCUCAAAUCUCGGUGCCACCGGAAGAUAUGGCCCAACAACGCUGGGCAGUCACUACACAGGUCAGGAUCAUGACAGACAAGUUACAUUGUCCAGCGGUAUUCAACAGUGGACUGUGCCUUACACUGGUGACUACAGAAUAGAAGCAAUAGGAGCAGCAGGAGGGUACGAUUCACACCCUAAUAGCCCUCAGUAUCGAGGAAGAGGAGCGAGAAUGAUCGGAACGUUCAGUAUGAUUAAAGAUGAGAUCAUUCGUAUCCUUGUGGGACAGGAAGGGGGCUCUAAAGAUCAUGACUGGAGUUCUGGCGGUGGUGGAGGAACAUUCGUUGUCAGACAAAACAACACGCCUUUGAUAAUAGCUGGAGGUGGAGGAGGUCUGCAUUACUUGACAAAACGGCAUCCAGGGUGUGACGCUAGUACAAACACAACGGGGAAUCCUGGGUACAGAUCAACAGGGUCAGGCGGAAUCGGUGGCCUUGGCGGGCAGAGUGGUAAUUCCAGCGACGCAGGUGAGGGAAUUUCCGGGGGCCUCGCGAGCUGGAGAGCGAAACAGGCGAGAAAGAGGUCCGCUAGAGAAAGCCUGCAGACUUCUCGACACCUCACCCCACCCACACCUCGACUUUCGGGAAACUUUCUGGAAAGCCAGAGGUGUACUUGUCUCAGCAGCAUUUAUGAAAGCUUGCUCGUAGGCUAUGGGAACACCACAUUCAGAAUGAAUAAAAAAAUUCGAUUCUUGCUUAUGGAAAGUGACAUCCGUAUUAUAAAAUUCAGGGAGGAAUCUUCUCCCACUAAACGAUUCGUUUAAAUAAGAUAAUAUCAGUUAUUAUUGUUAAAAAGAACCUUUUUGGUAUAAAUGGUUUCAUUUCAUUUAUUUAGCGAUUUGUUAAUAUCUUUUUUUCUAUCAUUUUUAUCUUUUUGUCUGUUUAAGUUGAAUUCCCUUUUUAUUCUUUUAGGCGGCAGCGGUGGAGGCUUUUUUUCCAACGGAACGGAUGAGAACGCAGAUGGUGGCAGAGGAUUUCUUCAGGGAGGAGUGGGGGGCAAAGGCAAUGCGUUAAAAGCCGACGGUGGAUUUGGGGGAGGAGGAGGAGCUUACGGAGGAGGGGGUGGUGGUGGGUAUUCUGGCGGAGGUGGCGGAGAGAUGAACAAAGAUUCAUGUGGAGGAGGGGGUGGCUCUUUCAACUCAGGAAAGGAACAGAAAAAUGAGUGUUGUUACCAAUCUGAUGGACCUGGUCAGGUUACGAUAACAUUACUGUGA